UCCCAAAAAAUAAUUGUGAAUAUUGAAGUUCCAAAAUUGCAAUGGCGGCGAAGAAAUUGACGGAUUACGAACGGCGGAGGAUUGAGAAUAUAAAGCGCAAUGAAGAAAUGCUUGCCUCCCUUCAGAUUCAGUCCCGAAUUUCUCAACUUUCUGCAGUAACAAAGCGUCCAAGAGCUCAAGGCAAAUCAUAUCAGCGAAGUCCACAGAAGAAACAAAAGUCUAACUCACCGGUUGUGCUGCGACGGUCUCUCAGGAGUCAAGGUAUUCCACCGGAUUCUUCUACCGCCAGUGACCCAAAAGAUAAUUUUGAUGACAACUCACAACCUACAGACAAAAAGUCACCGUCAGAACCUAUUCCCAUAAGUAUGAGAGAUGCAUAUAAUGGCGACAUUGACAUCCCAAAUAAGAAAUUGAUUGAAACAAUAAAGGGUUUUGACGAUGAGAGCAUGGAUAAAAAUUCUGUUUUAGGUGACAGGAGAGAGAAAGGAAAGGCUUCUGGUACAGUUAAUUUGGAAUCAUUGAGGUUGGAACCAGACAACAUAGCACGGAUUGUGCCAGGAAGAAUAUUAAAUGUGCGUUUUUUUCCCACCAACAAUGUUCGAAUGGUUGCUGUAGGGAACAAAUAUGGCAAUAUAGGUUUCUGGAAUGUUGAUGCUCCACAGGAGGAUGGAGAUGUGAUCUUUUUGUACCGUCCUCAUUCGGGGCCAGUUUCAGGAAUACUUGUGGACCCUUUUUCUGUGUCAAAGAUGAUCACUUCUUGCUAUGGUGGAUUUAUUAGGGUAAUGGACAUUGAAAAGGAAAUGUUUGAUUUGGCAUAUAUGAGUGAACAUCCCAUAUUUUCCAUAUCACAGAGACCACAUGAUAUGAAGUCCAUAUAUUAUGGUGAAGGCAAGGGGGGACUUGGUAUUUGGGAUCUAAGGGCAGGAAAAUCUUCAGCAUUGUGGAAUUUGCAUGAAGAUAGGAUCAACACAAUAGAUUUUACCUCUGAAAACUGUAAUAUUAUGGCUACUAGUUCUACAGAUGGUAGUGCAUGCAUUUGGGAUUUGAGAAAAGUUGGUGCACAUAAACCAAAAUCUUUACAAACUGUCUUCCACAAAAGAGCAGUACACUCGGCUUACUUUUCACAUUCAGGAAGGUUUCUUGCCACAACAAGUAUUGAUAAUAAUGUUGGUGUGUUGAGUGGCGCUAAUUAUGAAGAUACAUGUAUGAUCUCCCAUUAUAAUCACACAAACAGAUGGAUUUCCUCAUUCAGAGGAAUAUGGGGUUGGGAUGAUUCUUACAUCUACAUUGGUAAUAUGGAAAGAGGAGUUGAUGUAAUCUCAGUAGCUGACAAGAAACUUGAUUUUACCUUAAGAAGCGAGCACAUGACUGCUAUUCCAUGCCGUUUUGACGCACAUCAAAAAGAGGUUGGAAUGCUUGCAGGGGCUACAAGUGGUGGGCAGGUAUAUAUCUGGACAGCAUCUUAAGUUGGUGCCAAUAGAUCCUAGCCAAAUUGUGAUCAUGGAGGCAGAGCUGCAAUUUCCCGUCUGGCUAAUGUUUUUGUGAAAGGACAAGAAAUGAUUUACCUUUAGGUUUUUGUGGAAUCUUCUUGUUGUUCACUGU